AUGAGCACCAACAACCACCAACAUGUCCAGACCACUUCUUUGGCCUCCGCCGCGCAGUCCACCCUUUCCGUUCGCCCUCGAGCCAAUCGUCUGAUCUCCGGCCUGAGCGAUGCCGACGAUACCGAGUGGUCCUCGGGCCCCGCCCUCGUGCCCUCUCCCGGCGGCAGCAGAUCAGCCUCGCCCCUUCCAGCUGCGCACCCCCAGCGCUCCAACCCCGCGUAUGCGAGCCAGAAGUUCAACAGCACGAGCUGGGGCCGGCGAGCACAGAUAGCCGCACCGAAGAAUGGGUCAGUCUCAUCUCCUACCGCGACCACAUUCUCCGGUGUCUUUGGUUCAUCGUGGACAACAUUGCAAGGGUUUGCAUCUGAUAUUCUUGGCAACGAUGUUCCAUCAGAUGGCGGUGCUGCCGUCAAGGAUAACAAGAAGCUUCCCUUGCCAAAGUGGUACCGUCAAAUGACUCUUGCACCCAAGGAGGGCGGCAAUACCACCUCGGCAUGGGCUUCUGCCUCGAUUGGCACGGGCACAAAUGCAGAUCGUGAAUCUGCUGUACGGGCACAAAAGCGGAAAGAUAUGCUUCAGCGCGAACACAGCACAUACGCCGACACCUUGGGCAAGUUUAAGCGACGGCUAUCGGAUGAUAUGGAGUCGCGGUCUGCUCCGCCGGGAGAGGAUGAUGAGAGGGGAGGUGCAUUGGUUUACUUGCAUCACGUCCAGAAAGACGACACCAUGGCCGGCAUCAGCAUCAAGUACAAUUGUUCUGCGAAUGUCCUGCGAAAGGCGAAUAGAUUAUGGACCAAUGACACUCCACAGGCAAGACAGACGUUGGUUAUACCGGUAGGGCAGUGUGGAGUCAAAGGCCGACCGAUCGAGAGUGGUAGUGUCGAUAUACUCGGCUUCACCGAAGCCGAAUCCAUCCCCCGCCCGCAGCAGGGCAAGGACGCUCUUCCGAAUGGCCAUACCGCAGUCCAUACCCGGUCCAAUUCGCAAACCUCUUCCGCUACGGGGGCUACCGACAAUGCGCCCCCGUGGGAUCACGACUCCUGGGUCCAGCUUCCCAACUUUCCUCAGCCCACCGAGAUAGCACGCCUCUCGCGCCGAACACUCGGCUAUUUUCCCCCCGCUCGACGAAAGAGUAUCGACCGUAACACACCGAGCACUUCCCUCGAUCUCCAACGUGUCUCCACCUCAGACGCGCGUCACGACAGCCAAUCACCACAACGUCCGCGGAGGGGUAGGAGACACAGCAAUGUGAACAACGGCUACUUUCCAUCCUACCUAGCAGGGCCAGGCGGCGUAGGCACAAUGAACAAGAACGUCCGCUGCCCGGGGCCAGCCCAAGACGGCCUGAACAAGAUGUUCGCCAAACACCUUCCGGAUGUGGCCCCGCCUCGCAAUCAAACCGACCUCUACCAACCCGAAGUGCCCCUCUACACCGACGAGACACCCAUCAGUUCGGGCGUUGCCACUCCGACCGGCAGGAACGCAAACAUGCAGCUCAACUUGGAGAACGUGGGUGGGGCGAUUGAGAGCUGGGCCCGCAGAAUGGUGACCAAGGCCAUGACGCCAACGGAGGCGCAGGCGAAGCACAAAGCGGCGAGAGCGAGUGUCGGGAAUGCGGGGAAGGGUGCAGGCGGGAUUGGGGAUUUAAUCGAGAUGACGGACGAGUUUGAGAUUGGCGGAGAUGAUGAAGAGGAUGAGGCGCUGCAACACGAGCCGGAGAGGGGCAGGCAGAUUUCUGCUGUUGCUGCUGGCUCAUCUCGCAAUCCGCUAAAUGGAGGUGGUGCUCGUGGUGAUUCGUCGGCUGCAUAUGGAGGGGGAGGAAAGGCGAGGAAAAGGGAUUGA